AUGGCAGCCAGUGAAGUACUUAUAGGAGUGAUCUUCUUAUUACAGACUGUGGCUGGAAUUCUGGGCAAUUCCUCCCUUCUCUACCAUUACUUUUUCCUUUACUUCACUGGGAGCAGGUUAAAGUGCACGGACCUGAUUCUUAAGCAUUUGAUUGGAGCCAACCUCUUGACUCUCUUGGGUAGAGGAGUGCCUCAGACCAUGGCAGCUCUAGGUUGGAAACUUUCCCUGGGUGAUGUGGGAUGCAAACUACUGUUAUAUCUGCACAGAGUAAGCAGGGGUGGGUCCAUCGGCAGCACCUGUAUCCUGAGCGUCUUCCAGGCCAUCACCAUCAGCCCCAGGGAGUCCAGGUGGGCUGACCUCAAGGAGAAAGCUCCCAAGUAUGUUGGCUCCUCCUUGUGCCUGAUAUGGGCUCUGUUCAGCCUUGUAAAUGUCAUUUUUCUUAUGUACACAACUGGGAACUGGAGCAAGAAAAAUCUUACAAACCUCAAACAUCAUGGCUACUGUUCCAGUAUUCGUCAAGACAAAACCACAGAGUCAUUACAUGCAGCCCUGCUGGCCCUCCCUGAUGUCUUGUGUUUGGGGCUCAUGCUCUGGACCAGCAGCUUCAUGGUUUCCAUCCUACACAGGCACAAGCAGAAGAUGCAACACAUCCAUAGGACUAAUGUCAGCCCCAGAUCUUCUCCUGAGUCCAGAGCAACCAAAACCAUUCUUCUGCUGGUCAGCACCUAUGUCUGUUUUUAUACACUCUCCUGCAUCUUCCAACUCUGUUUGUUAUUUAUUUAUAAUCCCAACUGGUUCCUAGUGAACAUUUCUGCAAUAGUUGCUGGGUUUUUCCCAGCUGUCAGCCCCUUUCUGCUCCUGAGUCGUGACUCCAGUAUAUCCAGUUUUCUUGAGAUUAAUGUGACCUUUUCUGGAAGAUAG